GUGAUUUCCUUAGUUACAUCUGUUGUUGGGUUCCGUUGGGGUUAAAACAUUUCUUGCCUAGAUAUUUAGUCCAGUAUCAACAACGUUCGGAGAGUAGUUGCACAAGAUGUAUCAAGCUGAAGAAGGGACCAUUUACAACCUCAUUCCUCAGGAGGAGGUCAAGCCACCAAAAGAUCCAAGGCAUGCAUCAAAAUUCAAGUCGUCGGUGCGGGAUGAGUUUAAGUACAACAAAGCAGACCACAAAACUAUGGGUCAGGCAAAAGUACCAGUGCCUACAACAGAUAACUUCCUGAAGAAAAGGGAAAAGGAACCAAAGCUACCAACAAAACAAGAAUACAACUACCCAGAUGAGGACCGCAAGAAGCCACCAGUGCCAAAGAAAGAUGACAAGCCACUCAUGGGCUUAAAGACAACCAAGAAUUUCCUCACUAUCAAUGCAGUGGAGAACAUAACCUCUGUUCCGAAGAAGCCAGAGAAGAAGUUUGCUGAUACUCGUAUUGGGGACACACACACACUGGAGCCAUCUGGCCUGGAACCACAUUUCAUUCACAAAAAGGAAUAUGGUGAGGUUCCAACCUAUCUCCAGCGCCGCAAGGUUGAGAUGGAUCGUGCACAGGAAGAAUAUGAUCGGUAUGUUGCAGAGCACUUCCGUCGCGGAGCAAUGCGAUCUCUAACAGCAGAAGAACGGGAUGCAAUCAUUGAUGGGCUGAAAGCAAACUGGGAGAACAUUCACGACCAAUACCAGGGCCUCUCUGUUGUCACGGACACAGCACCUAAGAAGAACCGCAAGGAACGAAUGGAAGCUCAGAUGAAACAGCUUGAAAGAGACAUUGAAAUGUUUGAGAAACAUCGAGUAAUCUACAUCGCUGACUAAAUCAAGCUUUGUAGAAUGUUUCACCUUGAGUAAAAAUAAUGUUUUGUCAUUUCCCUUUUUGUGUCUGGUUGAUGGCAUGAAAGAGUAUCUUAAGUAUCCACUCUGGAACUGAAUCAUGGAGUUUCAAAAUUCACAAAUUUUGGCAAGUGGUAGAAAUUGUUUGUGGUAUUCCUGCAAGACCGAUGUCUAGUUUUAUGGAAUACCAGACCUAAAGUUUGAUUUAGAUUGUCAGUAUAAUAUAUGUACCUCCAUUAUUUUGUAUAUAUACCUAUGUAGCCUACUGGUAGUCCUUACACAGUUGGUAUUAAGUUAUGGCUCAAAGUUGACUGAAUGUUAAAUUGUCACUUUUUGGGGAAAACACAACACAUUCAACAUAUACUAAAUACAUGAACAUUACCCAUUAUGUGUUAUUCCCAACUUUGGCUUUGUGUAAAUAUAUUGCCAUAUUUUCAA